CCGUUGUCAAGUAAACAGUCACUGCAUUGAUAUACGUAAAAGUUAAAUCUUUCACGACUGCAUUUCUAUAAAUCGUCGAGAAAUUCCAUUGUAAUAUUUGCCAAUUCGAAAUAAAUAUAAAAUGAUCAGGUGUGAUAGAUGUUCCAGAAUGUGAGAAAACCCAUGAAUGUUGUUUACCAAAAUAUGUAUCAGGAAAAAAUAUGAAAUAGGACUUGAAAAUGCUGAUCAAAAGCUAAAGUGCUAUGAUAGAUUUGCUAUCGCGAAAAAGCUUCACGCGGAGAAUUUAAAACAUCAACCACUUCCUGAUAAAGUCAACGACGAUAUAAUGAAGAAUUUCAAACUAAAGGAAUCUUUCCAUUUACCGUCCUUAAAUGAACAAUACCGAAAUAACAAAAAGGAUAAUAGUUGUAAUAAAUUAGGCUCCAAAUAUCACUGCGAUGCCGUAUUAGGAUACAAGAAGCCAGAAACAAAGAUGGAUUUGGCUAUUUGCUGGCAGACUCCUGUGGAUCCAAUUUAUGAACCACCGAGAUCGACUCACAUCGAUGGAUCAGAGGGAGGAGCUGCACCGGCAAUUUUUGAACUUGUACAAGGUGCACCAAGGUCGAGAUGUGAUCAAUUACGUUCUAACAAUUAUAAUGUUAAACAUAAUAAUAAUAAGAAUCGUGAAAUAUAUGAGAUGAAUUUCGCAAAAAAAGAUCAAGAUAAACGUUAUAAUAAUUCACACCAGAAUCAAAAUAAUUGCAAGCAUCAUUGUAAAUGCAUGGACUCUAUGAAUAUUCAAAAAUCAAUUUCUCGCGAACGUUCUAGAUCACAAUGUUCUAUUAGGAAUAGCGCUGUAAUCUGUGAGAAUAAAGAAAAGAACGAUCCUAGAUUAAUCAAAUCAGCUGUAGGAAUUACUUUAGGUACUGAAUCAAAUAAUGCAUCUCGACGAUUACCACAAAAAAUAGAUGUUCCACGACCAAAAACACCAUUCGCUAAAAGAUCCUUUAGUAUAGAAACUUUAUCUCCUCCUUUUAGUAUCGUAAAUGGUUGUAGAGAUACCGAUUAUCCAGAACAUUGGAGACUUAUGACGGUCUAUCAGCAAUCUUAUAAAAAUCCUCGAAAAUAUAAAGCUAAUUUUCACCGUUAGCGAUUGCGAUCCUUUGAAACAAUGAUAUAAAAUAAUUAUUAAUAUCGAAAUUGCAACUUGGUUCUACUCAAAAUUCAAGAUCAAUAAUAUAAACUAAACAAAAUCUGAUUUUUAUUUAGCUGCAGAUUAAAUUAAAUUAUAAUCGAAUCAUAUUAGAUCAAAAGUAAAAUAUUAAAGUUAUAACAUAAUAACAAUAGUAUAUCUAUCCUUCUAUAUUCUUAUUUUUUUGUCUUUGCAAAGAUAUUUACUUAUUCUUUUGAUUAGUUACAGAUGAAAUAAUGUUUGAAUACUUAAUAGAAACUAUCAUAGGCAUUAGGUUUUUUCACAUAUUUUGAAAUUUCAUUAUAUAAAACAUUAAAUAAAUCUGGAUAAGAUUUCAUAAUGAGUUGAAAAUUCGUUCUGUAUAAUAUAUAAAUCUCACAAGUUUCUAUUGCAACAAUAUUAGCAUUAUGAUGCAUACUUUUCAGAAAUAAGAAAAUGUCUCCAAAAUAUGCUCCAUCUUCUAAAUGACAAACCUAUAUUCAUAUAAAACAUUACUUCUGAUAAAUCUGUAUCAAAUGAAAAAAUAAUAGUCAUUGAAACGUUAUCUAGUAUCAUUAGAAAAACCUCUUUCCAUAAAAUGUUAUAGACUGCAACUGUGCCAGAUGCAAUAAAGUAGAGUCCAUCUCCUUCUUCAUCAGUUUUAACUAUUAUAUCAUUCUCUAAAUAAAUUUCAGAGCUUAACACAUUUAUUAACUGUAACACGAUAGAUUCUGGAAUAUAUUGAAACAAUGACACAUUGUUGAUAAAUUUCAUAUAA